AAUCUUCUAUUAAGUUCCUAAAAUACCCCAAAACUACCCGAUCCGUCGAGCCGAACAACUGCAAUCUCCAGCUACAAAACACCGAGAAAUCUGUGUGGGUUAAUUACUGUGAUUCAGCCAUAUCCAGAUCACUUGCACGAGCAAGGCAUGCAAGGCUACCUCACUCUCGCCAUGGGGUUCUCCUCGACUUCAACCCCUCUGUUACUCCUCCUCUCCGUCCUGCCGCUGCUCUACUUUCUCUACCUGCGCCAGGACCCCAGGAAGAAGCCGCACGCCCAUGGACUCAAGUCCUACCCCGUCCUCGGCAUACUGCCGCACUUCUCCAAGAACAAGGACCGCUUCCUUGAGUGGUCGACCGAAGUCUUGAAGCGCAGCCCCACGCACACCAUUUCGUUCAAGACGGUCGGCCUCACCGGCGGCGUCUUCACCGCCAACCCGGCCAAUGUGGAGUAUACGCUGAAGACUAACUUCGGGAACUAUCCGAAGGGCGAGCUCGCCGUGUCCAUGAUCGAAGAUUUCCUUGGCCAUGGCAUCUUCAACUCCGACGGCGAGCAGUGGCUGUGGCAGCGGAAGGCCGCCAGCUACGAGUUCAACAAGCGCUCGCUGAGGAGCUUCGUCGUGGACACCGUCAGGUCCGAGGUCGUCGACAGGCUGCUGCCGCUUCUGCGGCGCGCGGAGCGCGACGGCCGGACGCUGGACUUGCAGGACGUGCUGGAGCGCUUCGCGUUCGACAACAUCUGCCAUGUGGCCUUCGACGAGGACCCGGCGUGCCUCGCUGAGGACAGCAUGGCCUCGCCCCAGAGCGCGGAGUUCAUGCGCGCGUUCAACGACGCGCAGGAUGCGCUCAUGGACCGGUUCAUGUCGCCGGUCAAGUCAGUGUGGCGCUUCAAGAGGCUGUUCAACAUGGAGCCAGAGAGGCGGAUGCGGGAGGCCCUCGCCACGAUCCACGGCUUCGCUGAGCGGAUCGUCCGAGAGCGCAGGGAAAGAGGGGAGGCCGGGCUGGCGCGCAGUGACGACUUCCUGUCGCGCUUCGCCGCCAGCGGCGAGCACAGCGACGAGAGCCUCCGCGACGUGGUCACUAACUUCCUCAUCGCCGGGCGCGACACGACGUCGUCGGCGUUGACCUGGUUCCUCUGGCUGGUGUCGGGCCGGCCGGACGUGGAGGACAAGAUCGUGCGCGAGAUCCGCUCGGUGCGGCGCGCGUCCGGUGGCACAGGCGCCGACGCGACGUUCAGCUUCGACGAGCUGCGUGACAUGCACUACCUCCACGCCGCCAUCACCGAGUCCAUGCGGCUCUGCAAGGAGGACGACUUCCUGCCCGACGGCACGUUCGUGGGGAAAGGAUGGUUCGUGUCCUACUUCGCGUACGCCAUGGCGAGGGUGGAGGACAUCUGGGGCGCGGACUGUGAGGAGUUCCGGCCGGAGCGGUGGCUGGACGAGGCGGGCGCGUUCCGGCCGGAGAGCCCGUUCAAGUACCCGGUGUUCCACGCGGGCCCAAGGAUGUGCCUCGGCAAGGAGAUGGCCUACAUACAGAUGAAGUCCAUCGUGGCGUCUGUGUUCGAGAGGUUCAGCCUCCGGUACGCACGUGACGGCGCGGCGCACCCGGGGCUGGUGCUUUGUUUGACGUUGCGCAUGAAGGGCGGUUUGCCGAUGCAAGUGACCACCAGGGGGUGAUGACCGGGCGGUUUGCCGACCUCACUGUUGAUGCUUGAUAUUUUUGUACGAUUGUACUAGUGUUUCAUCAUUUUUGUAGUGUUUGCUCCUGCUCCUGCUCCUGCUCCAGCUUGACCCGUGAAAUAAAGAGUGGCGUUCUUGUUUCUCCGAGUGGCGAAUGGC